AUGGAUCAAUGUCGCUAUGACAGUAAAAGAAUGUGGAGUACUUUAAAAGAAAUUGUAAAUAGUAGUAAUAAUACAUCGAAUUUUAGCAUAUUAGAUGGUAGGUUAAAUGUUACUAAAAACUUAAAUAAGUUUUACUUUGAUAGUAUUGAGGGGAUUGCUCAAAAUAUUCCUAGAUCCUCAAAUUUUUCUGAAAUACAGCUUGAUAUUGUUUCUAAGAUUGAUCCUUUUCCCAUCAUUUCACUUGGUAAAUUGCAUAAAGUGACAACACCAAUCGAAAUGAUAACAAUAGCUAAACCUGCUCCAUACAUUCUUAAACCUUAUGCAGGACUAUACAAUCCAUUUCCAUCAAAUUGCUCCCUUCUUUGCAACCAUCCAACAGCUAUAGAAGCUAAGGAAUUAUUAAACGAUGCCAAAGAUGAAAACGGCAAUUUGGAUGUUGAGUUAAAUAUUGGAGGGGAACAGCUAACACCUACCAAUAUUUACAUCCCCCAAGUGGAAAGUGUUCCCGAGGAAUUAUUUCGAAGAUACACAGAAACUGAUUCAAGACCCCAAACACCAGCUCCUACACUAAUAAGUGGGAUUACAAGAUUAACCACUUCCAGAAGAUGCAUUACACCAGAUCCUCUACCAAGCAGACAAGUAAAAGAAAAGACUCAGCUGGUACUGGAUUUGAGAAGAAGUCACAGUCAGGAAAAUUUGUCUAUUUAUGGAAGCUCGCCGUUUUAUCAAGAUCCUCCUCAGAUUCGUAUCCAACAAGUACUGAGCAGGUCAGCUAGUCUAGACGACGAAAAACAUGUCGAAUCUCAAAAAUUAACAGCACUAUCGCAUAAAUACUCUACCUCAAGAAGACCGGGUACCGUAAGAAAAGUGGAAAAAGAAAAAGGAGACAAAUCAGAAAAUGUAAGAAAGUUUGUAUUAGUGCUUAAGUUUAUAUCUAUCUACCGUUAUUUUCUGUUCUUGGCAUUGUUUAUACAGGGUGUCCAGAAACUCUACCGACAAACGAAGACAGGAGAUUCCUCAGAUAAUUUUAAGACAAUUAAACCCAAUUCACCUAGUCCUAAAAUGCUUCCUAAGGUCAACAACACACAAAAUGAUCCUUCGGAAAAUAAUGAUCAAGACGAAGAAGAUAGUGAAGAAUUUAUUAAACGAAGGGGUAAACGACGAAGAAAGAAAGGAAGAGAUGCAUCAAGAGGUCCGCCCACUUUUCAAGCUUCCUUGGAUCCAGAGACGCAGGUUGCUACUAUUGGUCCCGAUUCCCACAAUCCAAGUGCAAGACAUUCUUUAGCUCCAGAGGGUGCGUCUUCACAAGACGUUCCAUGCGAGGAGAUUAAGCGAAGCAAAACACCAAUAAAAUUCUCAACCAGUUUGGAUAUCAAAUCUUUCCUAACUACCGAAAUACUGAAACAACUACGAAGAGAACUGAACGAAACCAUCGUUGAUACUGAACUGGACAAUAAGAUGAAAGUAGCUCUAGGGGAAGCACUUAAAACAGUAGUCAAAGGCAAGCCAGUGUGCGAAGAAUUAGCUUCCUUACAGAAAGAACUAAAUAUACAGCCAGUAAAUUCUGAGCUUUGGAUCUCGCUUCCCAGAACAUUUUCUAGAUCUAGCGCUAUAUUUGGACUGCCAAUGGAUAGUCGGACAUUUAACACACUAACCCCGAUUGAAUACGUGAAAGAUAAUAUAUACAUAACUUCACCAAGAAAGCUCUUGUAUAACUGCAUUGUUGAAAAAUACAGAAUGGAAAAUGAUGAUGAAAAUGAAUGUGAUCGACAAUUGCAUUGCAAGCAAAUGCGUUCAUGUUUAGAUUUAAUCAUGGGAAAACCUCUAAAAGAUCAGCAAUUUGAUUAUUUUAAAGACCUUGUUGGUUGGAACGAAGAGGACAUAUUUGGAUUUAAAAUUUGCUGCGGGAUUUUUGCUCUCUGUGAACGUAUUAUGGCUCCACAGAUCUGCAGGCAAUUACCAAAUAGAAAAGAGGAUCCCUGUCACGAGAUAGAAACGGCUGAUUUUAACUUGUUGGAGAAGAAACUUAACGGCAGAACCGUAAACGAAAACUUCAAAACAAUUUUAUAUGCAAUCAAGAAUUCCUAAUUAUAAGUUGUAUAAUAAAACAUUCA